AAAAUAUAAAUCACCCCUCCUCUCUCAUUUGCUAUUUUCCUUCUCUCUUUUACUAAUUUCCUUGUCCACUGUCCACUCCGCUUCCCUGCCUUAACAACAUAAAAAACUGAGAAGAGAGAGAGAGAGAGAAAGAGAGUGUGGGAGAUGGAGAACGGAGGAGGAGAAACACAAAAAUGGAAUUUCAAAGGUAAUAAUAGUUUAUCCAAAGCUUCUGGGAUUACAGUUAGUGGUGUUUUGAAUUCGUUAAUGAAAAACCUUAAUCCAAGCGACAACCGUCAAAUUUUGCGUCUUGGACAUGGUGAUCCUUCCCAUUUCCCCUGCUUUUAUACUUCUCCGUUUGCCGAGGACGCCGUUGUUGACGCUCUCCGCUCUCGUCAGUUUAAUUGCUAUAGCUCCACCGCCGGCAUUCUUCCUGCUCGCAAGGCUGUAGCAGAAUAUCUCUCUCGUCAUCUUCCAAACAAACUAUCUCCUGAUGACAUAUUCCUCACACUUGGUUGCACACAUGCAAUCGAAGUAGCUCUUUCUGUUUUAUCUAAUCCAGGAGCAAAUAUACUGAUACCAAAACCAGGUUUCCCUUACUAUGAGGCUGUGUCUGCCAACACUGAUCUUGAAAUUCGCCAUUUCAAUCUUCUUCCAGAAAAGGGGUGGGAGGUUGAUCUUGAUGCAGUCGGGGCUUUAGCAGAUGAGAAUACUGUAGCCAUGGUUAUUAUAAACCCUGGAAAUCCUUGUGGGAAUGUUUAUAGUUAUGAACAUUUACAAAAGGUGGCAGAAACUGCAAAAAAGCUUGGGAUUCUUGUGAUUGCUGAUGAAGUAUAUGAACACCUUACGUUUGGAAAAAAUUCAUUUAUUCCAAUGGGUGUUUUUAGCAAUAUUGUUCCUGUACUGACACUUGGUUCAAUAUCUAAACGAUGGAUAGUUCCUGGCUGGCGUGUUGGAUGGCUUGUGACAAAUGAUUUCCAUGGAGUAUUGCAGAAAUCAGGGCUUGUGGACAGUAUUAAGGACUUCCUCAAUAUCUCUUCUGAUCCUGUAACCUUCAUCCAGGGUGCACUUCCUCAAAUCUUUGAGAACACAAACGAGGAAUUUUUCACCAAAAUAAAACAGAUACUACGCCAAGGUGCAGACUCUUGCUAUGAGAAAGUUAAGGAGAUUCCUUGUAUUACUUGCCCAAGUAAGCCAGAAGGUUCCAUGUUUGUUAUGGUGAAACUCGAUUUGUCAGUGUUAAGUGAUAUACAAGAUGACAUUGAUUUUUGCAUGAAGCUUGCUAAAGAGGAGAAUAUGGCAAUUUUACCAGGUUCUGCUGUAGGCAUGAAAAAUUAUUUACGCAUAACGUUCGCUGUUGAGCCAUUGACUCUUGAAGAAGGGAUUGAAAGAAUAAAAGCCUUCUGUCUAAGGCAUACAAAAUGACCAUAAUACUGCUUCAUGUAUUCAGUAUAAGACCGUCAUUCUUGUAAGAAUAAACCCAAUUUGCUGCAACUAUAUGCAAAGUGCUGGAAUAUUUUGGUGAUUACAUUAUACUACCUCCGUUAAAUGUUAUGUGCAACUUUUGUCAAAAACGGAUGA